AUGGCAGUGUCCAACUCAGCAGUGAACUCAACUCUUAUCCAAGAUAAGCUGGGAGCACAACAUCUGGUAUUCUACACGUCAAAAGCACUCCUCGAUGCAAGAAACCCCGACGCUUCUCAGCGGCUCAUGAAACGGGCUAUUGAACUCAGUCAGUACAACCUCUUCUACCGGUCGAAGACUGCUAUAAAGGCCCAAGUUUUAGUUGAUUUUGUUGUAGAGUUUACUCCAACAGCUAAAGAAGAGAAGCUGGUCACAAAAAACAAGGAAAAUUCGAAAGUAGACAAUACCUCAUUCGCAGAUCCAGACAUGCCCAAAGACAUGUGGCAAUUACGCGUAGACGAAGCAUCAAAUCACAAUCGAGCUGGAGCAGGAGUUGUCAUAAUCACCCCAAAUGGAACUUUGUUGGAGCAGACCAUCACACUGGGCCUUCCAACUUCAAACAAUGAAGCAGAAUAUGAGCCAUUGCUCGCCGAAUUGAGCCUAGCAAAAGAACUAUUGAUCAAGAAAUUGGCCAUCUACUCAAACUCCUAA